AUAAGAAUAAAAGAUUAAUAUUCUUACAAAAAAGUGUUUCCAAUAAGAGAUUAACAUCUUAAUUGAAAAAUGUUUCUUACGGUAUUUCUCUUAUAUCUCGCUGGAACACCAUUUAUACAAUGCGAGCAGCUUCACGAAUAUAUGACGCCGGCCGAAGUAAGUGCAGUUUUUCAUACACCGCAUCAUCUUGUACCCGAGUACGAAGUAGUACCAGUACUGCAUCGUUCGAAGAAACAGACAGAUUCCGAAGAUGACGCAUCGGAAAUAAAAUUCAAAGCGUUUAAGGAGGAUAUCAAUCUAUACUUGAAUCCUACAGAAGGUAUUCUCGCUAGUAAGGAAACACCUGUAUGGACUGUCAGUUCCGAUUUGGAAUCACCCGAAGGAUUAUUAUAUAAGCAAGUACCUGGGGCUAUGAAAUCUUUAGGAGUUACGCUUCAAGAUGUAAGCACCUCCAGCUCAGUUUUACUAACUCCUACUCCUAAUGGAAAAGUACAUUUGGACGGAGUGCUUAAAAAUUCAUACGUCAUAAAAUCUUUACCGAAACGAGUUUUGGAUAGAGUCGUUUACGGAGGACGGAAACUUUUUGAGCCGCAUUACACCAAAAAUGUGACAAGUGAUGAUGAAUAUGCUUACACUCAUCAUCAUGUAGUAUAUAAAAUACCUCCGUCGAGUCAAUACAAUGAUUUCAAAAUUACAAAUCCUGAGACUCACAGAGCAAAGCGUAGUGCUCCGGACGUCAUUUAUCCAGAGAUGUUAGUAGUACUCGACUACAGGGAAUUCUUAUUACUUGGCGAAGAUAUACAGCAAACUUUGAGGUAUCUCGUCUCGUUUUGGAAUGGAGUUGAUUUGAGGUACCGCUUGCUGACCACGCCUAAAAUUCGGUUCUCUAUCGCAGGAAUAAUUAUAGCCACGGAUGAAAACGCGACUCCAUAUUUGGAAAAAAGUAUAUUUGAUUCUGAGUACGAUCAGACCAUGGUAGAUGCAGAUCUCGCUCUGCGCGGAAUGGCAGAUUAUUUCUAUCGCGAAACCAGAUUUCCACCAGACUUUUAUGAUAUGGCGAUCGCAAUGACACAGCUAGAUAUGUGCAAUAUGCUCACCGACGACUUUUGUGACGUAUCAACUUUGGGUUACGCAUACGUAGCUGGUGCAUGCGACAGAAACGCGACGAAACAGUCAUCCGAAGCCGUAGGAAUCGUCGAAGAUAAUGGUGGAUUCGGUGGCAUCAUUCCGACAGCUCACGAAAUCGGGCAUUUGAUAGGAGCUCGUCACGACGGCAAUCCAAACGGCGCUGGCGACUGUCCGGCUACCGAUGGCUUCAUCAUGACCGGUGGACUUAUGUUGAGUGAGAACGGAUUCGAAUGGUCCACAUGUAGCAUAAACGCGUUCUACAAGUUUAUCAACGAGCCUCGAGCAAAGUGUCUUUAUAACGAGCCUACAUAUGGCGAACAGGUACCCCGUGUUCUGCCCGGAAAGAUGUUGUCUUUAGACGAACAGUGCAAGAACAUCUUCGGAACACCGGCGUGUAAUAAAGAUGCUACGGUUUGCACUCGCUUGGAGUGUGAAUAUCCCGAUUUUAAAGGUUUUUGCAGGGCAUCAGCUCCAGCAGCGGAAGGCUCAUCUUGCGGUGACGGUUUGUACUGUUUGAACGGUAGGUGUGUAUUAGAAGGAAUACCCACUAAGGAACAAAAGAAGAAAGACAUACUCAAGAAAUUCCUUCCGAAGUUCAACCUUCAAAAGAUAAAGAAAAUUCCAUGGGUGGAAAAAAUGCUUCAAAAACUGAAGAAACUCUUUUCGUGAAAAUAAAUACAAAUGUUGUUGAGGACACCAAAUACACUGACAUACGUAUCGUUGCAUUCUAUGUUACUGCUACUUUAAUGAAAUAUCAUGUAAAUACGCGAAUAAAGUUAAUUUUAAGGAUAUAUUCUUUUAAGAAUAUAUCAUAUUUUGUUUGUAAAAUUUAUGAAUUCUUUGUAUAUAGUGGUUUACGCAUGUAGAUAAAACAAAAAAGUUAUGCGAUAUAUUUGUAUUGAUAUGUAAUUCGUA